GCGCCGCUUACCUCGGCUCACCAGUUUGAAGCUCUGCGAUUUCCUGCUUCGCUUCCUCUCCGAGAACUCCAUGGUGCGGGCAGGAGCGGGCGGCCGGGGCUGCGGCGGGGGCGGCCGGAGCGAGCGGCGGCCGAGGCGGCGGCGGCGGCGCUGGCUCUUGUCACCCGGCAGCGGGAGCGCCAGGACCAAGGAAAAUAAAAAAUAUUUCAAACGUAGUGAACUUGCGAAAAAAGAAGAGGAAGCAUAUUUCGAAAGAUGUGGCUACAAGAUACAGCCAAAAGAGGAGGACCAGAAACCAUUAACUUCAUCAAAUCCAGUAUUAGAACUUGAACUGGCAGAGGAAAAAUUACCCAUGACUCUUUCUAGGCAAGAGGUUAUCAGAAGAUUGAGAGAAAGAGGAGAACCAAUCAGACUAUUUGGAGAAACUGAUUAUGAUGCUUUUCAACGUUUAAGAAAAAUAGAGAUCCUCACACCAGAAGUUAACAAGGGACUGAGAAAUGAUCUGAAAGCAGCUUUGGAUAAGAUCGACCAGCAAUACCUCAAUGAACUUGUGGGCGGUCAAGAACCUGGAGAAGAAGACACACAGAACGAUUUGAAAGUUCAUGAAGAAAACACCACAAUCGAAGAGUUAGAGGCAUUGGGAGAAUCUUUAGGAAAAGGUGAUGAUCAUAAGGACAUGGACAUCAUUACCAAAUUCCUCAAGUUUCUUCUUGGUGUUUGGGCUAAAGAAUUGAAUGCCAGAGAAGAUUAUGUGAAGCGCAGCGUGCAGGGUAAACUGAACAGUGCUACUCAAAAACAGACUGAGUCCUAUCUCAGACCCCUUUUCAGAAAGCUACGGAAAAGGAAUCUUCCUGCUGAUAUUAAAGAAUCAAUAACAGAUAUUAUUAAAUUCAUGUUGCAGAGAGAAUAUGUGAAGGCUAAUGAUGCUUAUCUUCAGAUGGCCAUUGGAAAUGCCCCUUGGCCCAUUGGUGUCACUAUGGUUGGUAUCCAUGCCAGAACUGGUAGGGAAAAGAUUUUUUCCAAGCAUGUUGCACAUGUUUUAAAUGAUGAAACGCAGCGGAAAUAUAUUCAGGGAUUGAAGAGGUUAAUGACCAUUUGCCAGAAGCACUUUCCGACAGAUCCAUCAAAAUGUGUGGAGUACAAUGCACUAUGAAAUCGGUGUAUGAUGUGUAAAUAACAGUGAGAAACUUAAGGGAGCAUGGUAUGGACUUCUGGAAUUACCAACAGGAAUGAGGGAAGAAGAAAAAUGGAGUUUCUAAUCUCUGAGUUCUACUUAAUGCAACUCUUGGUCUUACGAACUAUGUUGGCUCUUAUAUCACAUCUGACUGGGAACUGAUUUUUGUGUUCUGCUUUUAUUUUAAAUAGUCGAAAACUUAAGUUCUAAAGACUUUUCCCCAUAAUUUAGAUGUGUAGACAACAGUCACAGAAGGGAGUUUAAUAAAAAUGACUUUCGCAUUAGACCGGAAAGUUGCAGUUAGAUGAUUAAAAAGGAACGUUUGAAGAGAGACUUAAUUAUUUCUGUAAAAUAAGGUAAUUUUCAUAUUGUCUUUUAUGUAGUAUUUAUAGAAAAUAUUUUUAUAUAUUUCAAGAAAAAUAUGGAACCAUUUAAUGAAACUUUAUAGUCCUUAAAUUUUGCUGAACUUUUGCCAUCUUGCAAUAGAAUUUAAAUGUAAAUGUUAUUACUGUUAACUCAAGUGUAUUUUUCUUGCGUUUCAAAGCUUGCUUUUAUCUUCUAAGGAGUGUAAAUUUUAGUAUUUGUCAUCUCUUGGGACAGAUAGAACUAACAGGAAAUAGAAGUUUGAAAAACAAAGGUGGUAUAUUAUACCAACAAAAGUUCAAAUUAAGUAUCCCCAGCAUCAGGGUUCAAUGUAGGGAAAUGGAUUGUCAAGCCAGCCAAGAAUGGGGACGUUUUGGUGCUGCCGGUUCUUCCUAGAAUAGGACUGCCUGCAAGUUUCAUCCUCGUGAGACCUGUGGUGGACUGCUAUUCCCAGCUUCAUUCGGCCAGCAGAAGAGAAAGGUACCAGUAUUGUUGCCACUGCCUGAGACAGUAGUUCCUGGGUCUGAUUUUCCACAAAUGAGGACUUCUUCUGAAUCUUGCACAGUGUCAUACCCAGACAAUUGUGAUGAAUCACUGUGCUUUAGAAGUUGGAGGACUCAGUUAAUAGAGGAAGGUGGGUAAAUGGACUGUUGCCUGACCAGGUGGAGUGGCGGAUUCAGAUAGUGGUAAGAGUGGAGGCUCUGAAGUCAGAACUUCCUAGCUUCAAAUUUCAGCUCUCCACCCACUAACUGUGUAACCCUGAGCAAGUAAUUUAAUCCUUCUAAGCCUCAGUUUCCUUGUCUGCAAACGAUAGUUAUUAAUAGUAGUACAUACUCAUAGCAGCAUCCUUGUGUUUAAGUGAAAUAAAAUGCUUAGCACGC